AAUUUUAAUUUUAUUUUUAGUAAAAAGUUAUUUCCUGGAACAUGCGUUUUGACCAGAAGAACACAGUUGGCGAUUUUUUUUUUUUUUUUGGAGCAACAGAACAGUUUGGCGAUUCCUUAAACAUUAAUCAACAAAAAACAAUAACGUUGCAGAAUCAGAACAAAAUCAAGAACCUUAAAAACCAAAACAAAAACCCAUGAAAUUAAUUUCGAAACAAUGAAACUUUACGUUUCAAUCUUCUUCUUCUUCUUCGCUGUAUUCAUCAUCUUCUUCGCAUACAUAUCCACUUCCCAAUCCCAACAACUCUCUCUUCUUCACAACCAAAUCGGUUUCUCUCCUUCCUCUCUCGUUCUUCCGCCGUCACCGUCACCGUCAGGUUCCAAUUCAUUGGACAUAAAACCUGCUACGGCACUUGUUGCUGCUCUAGAUGGUACUGUUUAUUUGGUUGAAAGUUCUUCUGGGAGGGUAAUUUGGUCUUUUUCAAGUGGAUCCCCAAUUUAUCAUUCUUCUGCCAAUACUCCUUCUUCUGGACUCAUUGAAUGUGGUGAUGACUGGGAAUUAAUCUUUCAUGAUACCCACUUUGGCAAAACGAGACUCAAGGAAUCUGUUGCUGAUUAUGUUGCUGUUACACCUAUUGUGUCAAAAGAUGGAGCUGUUAUACUUGGAUCCAAAAGGAGCACUGUAUUUGAAGUUGAUGCUAAAACUGGAAAGCUCCUUAGAAGCUAUAGUGCUUCUGAUUUUCAUAAUGCUUCUACUACUGCAGUGUGGAGUGGUGACAAAGAUAGUAAGAAUGUUACUAAUGGCUUCGGUGCAAAUAAUAAGGAGCUUGCUGAUCCAGCAAACCUCAAUAUACCACAGUUCUUGCUCCAGAUAGUUAGAACUGAUUAUUUUUUACAAUCUGUGGGUCCUGGUUCUGGAAUAGUGUUGUGGACUAUGUCAGUAGCUGAAUUUGAGGCUGUAUUAUUUUGCCAACAUAAUGGAAGUCCUAUUUUGGGGGCUUCACUUGAUGCGGAAGGUGAGUAUGCUUCUGAUGUUGACAGUGGCUUGGAUUUUGCUAUGCCUUAUGCGUGUCAAGACAGAAAACUCAGGGAAGUCUAUCGCCAGCGAAAGAAUUUUCUUUUUGAACCUGCUAAAAUUGAAAGAUUAUCUGAUGUUGGUGCUUAUCAAGAGAACGGUAUGCUCCCGAUGCCGGCUUCAAAACUGAUGCUUCCACCACAACCUAAUAGUGAUAGAUUCCUCCCGGGAUUCCUCCCCGGUCAUGAUGGUAAUAUGAUGCUUCCUGGGUCUGGGCCAAAUUCUUUGCUGCCAAAAAUCAGCUUCUAUGAUAGUAAUCAUAAUGCAGUUGUGCUCCCUCAGCCUCCUAGGGAGAUCACUGCACCAAGGGAAGUUGAUUUGAGCUGGGGAAUUGGAUUGUCAAUAUCAUCAUUGGUCGUAAUAUUUGUGGUAUUUCUUUGGAGGAGGUUGUACCUUAAUCGUUUUACAAAUAGAGUUACAUCAAAGGUCCGAAUCAGUGACUUGGAUUUGAAAAGCUCGCUUCCUAAGAAAAAGAGAGCACGUAAGUCAGGAAAAAACAAUGUCAUCGUUGACAAACAGGGUAAUAAUUUAUCUUCAAUUGAGGAGAAUAUACGAAUACAUAAGGAAGCAGAAAAUGAAGCACGGUUACACUAUAAUAAAGUUAAUGGGCGCAUGAUUGGGAAGCUGAUUGUAUCAAAUGAACAAAUUGCAAAGGGAAGUAAUGGUACCAUUGUCUUUGAGGGUAUAUAUGAAGGUCGGGCAGUUGCUGUCAAACGUCUUGUUACGGCUCAUCAUGAUAAAGCUCAUAAAGAAAUCCAAAAUCUCAUUGCUUCCGACCGGCAUCCAAAUAUUGUUCGAUGGUAUGGUGUGGAAUCUGAUCACGAUUUUGUUUACCUUGCUCUGGAGCGUUGUGCGUUCAACUUGGAUGAUUUGAUAACUGCUUAUUCAGAUAUGCCAGAGAAUUCAGUGUUAAGCAAGAAUCCAGCUUAUGAAUUUUUCAAAAAGGCCCAGAUAGAAACAUAUAGGGAUGAUAUGCAGUGUCUUUGGAAAACAAAUGGUUAUCCAUCUCCUCUUUUACUAAAGCUUAUGAGGGAAGUGGUUUCUGGGCUUGCUCAUUUGCAUGAACUAGGAAUAAUACAUCGGGAUUUGAAACCCCAAAAUGUUUUGAUAAUCAAGGAAAAAUCAUUAUGUGCCAAGCUUUCUGAUAUGGGGAUUAGUAAACAACUUCCUGAAGAUAUGUCUUCUUUAGGUCAUACUUCUACCGGCUGUGGAAGUUCAGGUUGGCAAGCGCCGGAGCAGCUUGUUCCACAGGGACGUCAAACACGGGCUGUAGAUUUGUUUAGUUUAGGUUGUGUCCUCUUUUUCUGUAUGACAGCAGGAAGACAUCCAUUUGGAGAACGUCUUGAGCGUGAUUUCAACAUUGUUAAAAAUAAAAAAGAUCUUUUCUUAGUGGAGUUCUUCCCUGAAGCUGAGGAUCUUAUUUCUUCUUUAUUAAACCCUGACCCUGAUUUAAGGCCAAAGGCGAUUGAAGUAUUGCACCAUCCUCUAUUUUGGAGUUCCGAGAUGAAACUUUCAUUUCUUCGUGACGUUAGUGACAGGGUGGAACUUGAAGAUAGAGAGAUCAAUUCUGUUCUUUUGAAUGUAUUAGAGAGCACUGCUCCAGUGGCUUUAGGUGGAAAAUGGGAUGAAAAGAUGGAACCAGCUUUCCUUGCCAACAUUGGUCGUUACAGGCGAUAUAAAUUUGACAGUGUCCGAGACUUGUUGAGGGUCAUGAGAAACAAGCUAAAUCAUUAUAGGGAAUUGCCUCUAGAAAUUCAGGAACUGAUAGGACUUGUUCCGGAAGGAUUCAAUGACUACUUUGCAAGUCGAUUUCCAAGGCUCUUGAUUGAAGUUUACAAAAUUAUUUGCAACUAUUGCAAAGAUGAUGAAUGUUUUCAAAGAUAUUUUAGAGACACCGAUUAAUGCAUUAUCCUUGAUCGGAUAGAUGGCCUAGUUUGAGAGCUAUCAAAUGGCAAAGAUCGGUUGUCUGGAUAUGUCAUGGAGCAAAUCAUGUUAACAUUCGUAUCCUCAACCAGCAGUUUUUUCCAUGACAUGAAAUGUUACAUAUAUAACCCAAAGUUAUGAUGGAAGGCCAUCUGUUUAAUCCAUAGUUUAGGAUUCAAUUACUUGUAUAUAUGAUUAGUACAUUAUACAUACUAUAACUCUUGGUGAUAAAGGAACUGUAAAGUAUACUGUAUUAAAAUUUCUCAUAUAUCAGAGACCUAAUUACCAAGGUUAUGUAGUAUCAGUUGCCAUGUUUAAUCUCUAAUUUAAUAUUGUGUGGGUUCGUUUGACUGCAAAAUUUAAGUACAUACAGAAUAUUACAUUACAAAAU